GCAGAGGCGUUACUAAAACUUUUGAUUGGUUUUUUUCUCUGGAAAUCCACCUGGAGAAAGCCAUUUUCAGCCCCAGGGCAGGGGGUGCCGGUGGGCAAACCCAUGACACCAUCCCUGAAGGGCUUUAAAGGAUGUAUAGAUGUGGUGCUUGGGGAUGUGGUUUAGUGAUGGACUUGGCAGUGCUGGGUUAAUGGUUGAACUCAAUGAUCUUAGAGGUCUUUUCCAACCUAAUAUUGAGUCCAUCAUCAGCAAAUUUGCUGAUGACACCAAGUUGGGAGGGAGUGUCAACCUACUAGAAGGCAGGAGGGCUCUGCAGAGGGACCUGGAUAGACUGGAGAGAUGGGCUGACUCCAAUGGGAUGAAGUUCAACAAGGCCAAGUGCCGGGUCCUGCACUUUGGCCACAACAACCCCAUGCAGCGCUACAGGCUGGGGACAGAGUGGCUGGAGAGCAGCCAGGUGGAAAGGGACCUAGGGGUGCUGAUUGACAGGAAGCUGAACAUGAGCCAGCAGUGUGCCCAGGUGGCCAAGAAGGCCAAUGGCAUCCUGGCCUGCAUCAAGAACAGUGUGGCCAGCAGGAGCAGGGAAGUGAUCCUUCCCCUGUACUCUGCGUUGGUGAGGCCACACCUGGAGUAUUGUGUUCAGCUCUGGGCCCCUCAGUUCAGGAAGGAUAUUGAGGUGCUGGAGCGGGUCCAGAGAAGAGCAACCAGGCUGGUGAAGGGACUUGAGCACAAGUCCUAUGAGGAGAGGCUGAGGGAGCUGGGAUUGUUUAGUCUAGAGAAGAGAAGGCUUAGAGGUGACCUCAUCACUCUCUUCAACUACCUGAAGGGAAGUUAUAGCCAGGUGGGGGUUGGUCUCUUCUCCCAGGCAACCAACAACAGGACAAGGGGACAUGGGCUCAAGCUCUGCCAGGGGAAGUUUAGGUUAGAUGUUAGGAAGAAAUUCUUUACAGAGAGGGUGAUCAGGCAUUGGAACGGCCUGCCCAGAGAGGUGGUGGAUUCACCAUCUCUGGAGGUUUUUAAACAGAGAUUGGACAUGGCCCUUAGUGCCAUGAUAUAGUAAUUAGAGUUGGAUCAGGGGUUGGACUUGAUGAUCUUGGAGGUCUUUUCCAACCCAAUCUAUUCUAUGAUUCUAUGAUUCUAUGAUUCUAAAUCUGUGAUUCUAUGAAACUUUCCCAAGAUACUCUGACAACCCCUGUCCAAGCCAACUGGGGAAGACACUGCAGGUUGCAUGAGCAUGGCUGUGUAGCCACUGGUUGUGUUACUCACCUUCUACUUCCUCAUUCCUUUUGCUCCCCCUGAUCUCAUCCAUCCACUGCUGCCAUCUACUGAGCUGCAGAGCAAAAGCCACUUUUUGGGGCAGUUUAUUCUUUUGAGUCUGAAUUGGGCUUUUGGAAAUGGAGAAGUGCUGAAAAGCCACAUAUUUGCUGCAGAGCAUUGUUGCUGUGGCUGCUCAGUUCCUCUUGGUGUGCAGGUCUUCAUUUCAGGUACUGGUAACAAGGAAAUAAAUUACAAAAUUUUGUCUUUUGGGGCUGAAAAUCCCCAUCUGUGAAUAGCACUUGGGUUUUCCCAGACGAUGCCUGGGAAGCAGCUCCCAUCUUGCAGGAUGAGGGAAAGGUGUGUGGGCCCUAGGAGGAGCAGGCUUCAGGUUUUGGGCUCCUGCAUGUUAUGUGAGUGGGGUAAAGUGCAGAGCACCAGGCUCAGUCAGCAUCAUUAGUGUGUUAUCUGUCAUAGUGCUGUCAAAUAUGUAAAUCCCACAUUGGUAUCAAAUCUGGUUUGGAAAAUGAAGCCAGCUUUGCAUCUGGUAGCUGCUUCUCAGCUCUUUGUUGCCAAGAAAUUUUCCACAGAGCUCCCUUUUCUUAGUAAAUGUGCAUGAGGGGAGGAAUGUGAGGAUGGUGGUAGCAUCCCCUAGGCUGGGGGGAAUAACUGUGAUGCCAAGAAAGCUGAGUAGACAUGGUUUGUUGUGCUUCAGUGGUGCAUUGGAUUGAAGAAUAGGUCCUCAUCACAGGGCUGACUUCAACUGUCUCUACUGGGUUUGUUCCUCUCCUGCUCCGGUGUGGGGCUUUUUGAAGGAGAGGGCUUGGUGGGAGAAAAUACUGGGGUAAGAGCAACCCCAAGGUGAGGAAGAGCUCUUUUAGUUUAAACCUAUUGCCUCUUGUAGGGAGCCCCUGGUGGUCUAGUGGUAAAGGCGCGGCACUGUCACCGCCGAGACCCGGGUUCAAUUCCCGGUCAGGGCCACUCCCGGGCAGGUGGAGCUCAUUAGCCCUUAAAAAGGCAAUCCAUCUACGUCCUGAGGACCUCGCUGCCACCGUCCAAGCUCGCUUGGCCCCGGCAGAUGAACCUUAGGAUUAAAGGGUGGGCUCAGUUCCGCGCACACUGUGUCUCACCUAAAAAAUCCAAUGCGCAGGCUGGAAGGUGGAAAGACCUUCCCCGGAUCUUCGCUCGCAAAGACUGGCCAUUAUAUUAUUAUUAUUAUUAUUAUUGCCUCUUGUCCUAUUGCUACAAAGAGCAUGAUGAGGUACAACUUUCAUCUUGGGUAGUUUCUUCACCUGUCAGGAAAGACAAGGUCAAGAUAGUCAUCAUGAACCUGGGCAACUGGUAGAUGCUUCCAUGUGUACCCCGCUCCUUAGUGGGGAUGUGUUGCUGUUAUGUCAUGACGGUCAAUAAAAACACACAUGAAAGUUGAUUCAGGGCAACAUAAGAAAGCUCUUCUUUAUUAUUCUCAGCUCCUUUUUAUCUUUUUCAAAGCAACAAGCAAGUAGUAAGCAAGCAACAACAUUUUAAUUGGCUAUUCAUCAUUGCUGAUACAUUUGACAGUAAUCAUGAGAUACUUGGAGAUGUUCAAGGGUAAGACUGCGGUUCUCACACCCCAAACUUACGGACUUACAGUCUGUCUUUGUUCUUUAAUUAGGCUGUGUAUAAAACUUACUUGUCUUCAAGGAUACACGUGAAAGUUUGCCAAGUCAAUCUCUUCCAGGGAGCCAACAGACCUGCUGUUAACCCCUACAGUGAUGCAGAAACAUCUCUGCUGGCUCAGCUUCAGAUCUGCUGGUCCAACAAAAUAGUCAGGUCUUUUUUCCCCAAAUUAACUCUUCAUAUCACUCUACCUGCAGAAUCCCAAAAUACUGAUGAAAACAUACAUUACUAUGGUGGGGGCAAAUUUUGAAGUGGUCAGGACAGUCCAAUGAGAAAGGGGAAACUUUGGGAGGGCUCCAAAGGAGAGAUGUUCCAUUUGAUGGGACAAAUCUAAAAAAUAACCGUCCCAAAAGCUGAAAUAGUUUCGGUAUUGCAUCUUCCAGCUUUGAAAUGCAACUGGUAUGAAUGGCGACUGCUGAAUUUCUUUGUGUAAAUAAGCUGCAGCCCUCCCUUGCUCUGCUGGGGUGAUGGGGUUGUGCCUCAAGCUUUAUCUGAGGACUGAUUUACCUUUAAAACCCCGCAGUUCUGUUCUUUUCAGUGGACGUGUGUGUCUACCCCUGCACUGGAACCUGGUCCCUGCCAAAGUUGAUGGCAUGAUGCUUAUGAUGCACUGCAUUGGUAAAGCAUGGGGCAACUUUGCUCUCUGCAUUCAGGUUUGCUUAUGCUUUUGGGUCUCAGCACAAGAUGAUAAAUUUCCUUAAAUACAGAGGUUUACUCUUUUGCACCCUACUGCAGCUCCUGUUCACCCAGGGACCAAAGUCUGGAGAUGCCCGAAGCUGCACAUGCAUUGCCCUGAAUGCCCCCUCUUGCAUGUCAGUCCCUCCCACAGCCCAUGCUACCUGCAGUUGCCUGCAAAAGAGCUGUGUAAAAAUAAAAAUACGCCAAAGAUCAUGUUUGUUUCCCCUUGCCCUACUUGUAGUGAUUGCCACGAGUUGAACAAGUGUGGGGUGUCGCCAUUAAGUUGUGACCGUCCAAUAAAAAACACACAAGAAGGUUGAUUCAGGGCAAUAUAAGAAAAGACCUUCUUCUAUAUUAAAUCCCAGUUCCUUUUAUAUCAUUUUCAAAAACCAGCAAGCAAGUAGUGAGCAAGUAGCAAGCAAGUAGCAAGCAAGCAACAACAUCCUAAUUGGCCACUCAUCAUUACCGAUACACUUGGCAGGCUGUGAAGCAGUGCUGGGGUUGGAAGAGACAGAGUAAGAGCUAGAUACCCCCUCCUUUUUCUUCUAUUUUAUUAUCUCUAGCACCCCCAGUCUACCACUGGGUUGUUUUUCCACAAGGCAUGCUUAACAGUCCAACCAUUCACCAAACAGUGGUGGCUAAUGCCAUACACCCUACUCGGAAGCUUUACCCUUCAGCUGUCAUUUACUACUCUAUGGAUGACAUCUUAGUGACUGCUGCCCAAGAGACUGAAUUACAAUUUAUUAUGACUGCUCUAACCAAUGUUGUUCAAGAAGCAGGGUUGCAGAUCCCUCCAGAAAAGAUCCAACGACCUCAACCCCGGGCCUACCUCAGAUGGAAGAUCACGCAGCAGGAGAUUGUGCCACAACCACUGACUCUUAAGGUAGAGGAUGUGUGCAGGAGAUGGAUGGAUGGGACCCCAAGACUAUCUACAUUCCAGCAAACAAAGACAACUUGAACUGGUUUCUCGCAGAGGAUGCUGGAUUUCAGGCUGCGUUGGUAGACUACAAUGGUGACAUUUCCAUUCACUUUCCUAAGCACAGACUCUGGGCAGAAAUUGGGAAUCUACCUUUAAUGGUUAUGUGUCUUUGCUGGCUACACCCUAUAUCAGCAUCACUGUUUUUACUGAUGCAUCUGGAUGUUCAAAAAAGGCUGCAGUGACAUAGAUAGAUCCUGUCACAGGUUACUGGAACAAUCAAGUACAGACCAUAGACCAAGUUUCUGUACAGGUGUUAGAGCUUGUUGCUAUCUGCACAGCCUUUGAAUUGUUUUGUGAUCAACCACUGAAUAUCAUUACUGAUUCGUGUUAUGCCGUGGGGUUGGUUUCACGUCUCAAAAUCUCUUUCCUUCAAGAUGUCACUAAUCCUUAUUUGUUCCCAGAGAUACAUACUUUAUGGUUCCUUGUCAACCACAGAAAAAUUGACUUUUAUAUAAUGCAUGUUUGUUCCCAUACAGAACUUCCAGGACCCAUAGUGGAGGGCAAUCAAAGAACAGAUGCUGCUGCUAUGAUUGCUACAGUUCCCAAAACUCUCGAGCAGGCCAAGCUCUCCCACCAAUUCUUUCAUCAAAAUGCCCACUCUCAAAAGAGGUGGUUCCAACUCACAAUGAAUCAAGCUCAAGAUAUCAUCAUGUCAUGUCCUGACUGUCAGCAAAUUGCCCCAAUGCCAUCUAAAGAAGGGGUAAUCCCCGAGACAUAACAGCCAAUGAAAUUUGGCAAAUGGAUGUUAGCUGAAUUCGAUUGGUAAAGUAUGUCCAUGUUACAGUAGACACACACUCCAAAUACAUUAAUACCACUGCACACACUGGGGAAAAGGCAAGGGAUGUUAUCAGACACUGGUUUAGUUCCUUUGCAACUUUAGGAAUUCCAAAAACCAUAAAGACAGCUAAUGGUCCUGCAUAUUGUUCUUGAAAAGUCAAAACAUUUCUCGUGGAUCAGGGGGUAUUUCAUUCCACAGGCAUACCACACUCACCCACAGGACAAACUAUCGAGGAGAGAGUACACCACACAUUGAAGGAAAUGCUGCAAAAACAAAAUGGGGGGAAUCUAUCUAUAGUCCACAGGAACGUCUGUGGAAAGCAUCAUGUGUCUUAAAUUUUUUAAAUUGUGAUGACACAGACCAUAGCAGGUACAAACAUCAACACUAACCUCAGGUACUUUCCUCUCUGUCGUGGUUUUGCUCUGGGUCAAUUUGCUCUCACCCCCCACACAAUUACUUUGAGAGAAGUUUUAUGCAGACAAAAGAGAUCUGAUUUGGGAAAAUAAUAUGAAUAUUUAUUACUAGCAAAAUAAAAACUACUAAAGAACUAUAUCUACAACAAUUCUACUUAAGUAAAAGUACUAUGUAUUUACAGAAAUACUUCUCCCCCCUUUAUAUCAGUCCAAGGAGGAGAAGCAGUUUCUUUCUCCAUUCUCAGAGCUCCAGGUCUCUUCAAUAACUCUACAGCACUUUAAAGCUCUUCCUCUGUUAUCUCAGGACAACAACUCCGAUUCAUCGUAACUGGAACUCUUUCUCUCUUUCUCUGUUGGCCUCCAGGGCUGGGCCUACUCCCCUCCUGGGCUAAGACCAGAGGCUGGGGGUUACCCAGACCCUGAAGGUUUUCUCUUCCAUGGGCUUGCAAAGGGACACUUGCUUACCAUGGAUCUUCACCACAGGGUCACAGGGGAUAAUGGCUUUUGAGUCCACCCCUGUUCCCUGUGGAGGUCCCUCCCCAUGGGAAAACAGUCCUUGAUAGACCUCUCCGACGUGGGUCUAGCAUGGAUCCCUCACUUGGAUCCCAAGCUUACCCGAGUCGUUCUCACUCCGGUGUAAGUCUCUCUCUCAGGGUCACAAAUCUUCAGCAGCAGCAGCAGCAUGGAUCCCACACACAGAUCCCAACAUCAUCUCACCCAGGCCGUCCUCGCUCCGACGUAAGUCUCGUCUCUCUCAGGGUCACAAAUUUCCUGCACCAGCAGCAUGGAUCUCUCACUGAAAUCCCAAGCUUUCCCGAGCCGUUCUCACUCCGACGUAAGCCUCAUCCCUCUCAGGGUAAUAAAUCUUCAACAGGACUCUGUUUCAUUUCAACUCUUCUCAUGAAGUCUCGACUUCCUUGUACAUCCACAAACUCCUUUGUGAACUGCAUGGGGGUCUCCUCACCCCAACAAUUUUUCAAAGGUAGCAGGGAUUUAUUUUUCCGUCUUUUCCCUGAUGAAGGGAGAGAGCAAAAGGGGGGAGAAACAAACCCCCCUUCAAACUUUUCUUCUCUCUCCUGCGGCUGCUAGCUUUGACCUUGGAGGUCCCUUAUCUCUCUGCUGGAAUUCUUCUGCAACGGUUUUUCAUCCAAGUAGUCAGUCCUCUAAAGUUUUUUUUCUCUACUCUCCUACAGGAGAGAAGGGGGGUUUCAGUGCCACACCUGUCCUCCUUGGGGAGGAGGGAGGCCUGGCCCCCACCUGGGGCCCACCACCGCUCCUACAUGACUACCAAUUUCAACUGCUACUAAUUUCAACUGUGCUACAACCUUCUCUUCAGUUUUCUUAAAUAUGUAAUUAGCAAAGACAUUACUGAGAGUUCUGAUUGUUUUUUUGUCUGGAAAUCUAUCUGGACAAAACCAUCCUCAGCCCCAGGGGCUGACUGGUAGGUAAAACCACGACACUCUCCCAAACCACCAGUCAUGAUAAAAGAUUUAAUAUCAGGACAGUGGUCAGGACCAGUGGACCUCGUGACAUGGGGGAGAGGAUAUGCCUGUGUAUCCACAGGUACUAAACUAAAGUACAUUCCUUCUAGAUAUGUCAGGCCUUAUAUUAACCCUCUUUCAGAGCAAGAGCAAUCAUCAGAAGUGACAAAUGAAGAAACUGGAGUAGAAGUAACACACAACUAAUGACUACUACACCAGACAGAAGGUGCCAGAACAGGAAGUUCUAUCUGUGUAUGGAGUGCCAAGAGUGGCUCACCAAUUGCACAGGAGAGAUGGAGGGUAAGGGCUUUUUUUUCUGGGUGAAAAUGCAUUUCUUUGGUGUAAGAACCCCCCUGCUGAAAUGGUCAGUCUGAGGUCCCAAGAUGGACUAGGAAUGAAGAUUCCUCCCAGACAAAAGGUGCCAGCACAGGAAACUCUAUGUGAACAUAGAGUGCCAAGAGUGGUUCACCAAUUGCACAGGAGAGAUGGAGGGUAAGGGUUUUCUUUCCUGGGUGGAAAUGCUUUUGUUCGGCAUCAGAACCCCUGCACUGAAUUUCUCCAUCUCAGUCCCAAAAUAUAAUAAGAAUGAAGAUUUCUCCAAGAGAACACAUGCCAGCACAGACAGCUCUAUGUGUUCAUAGAGUGGUAAGAGUGCCUCACCAAUUGCACAGGAGAGUUGGAGGGUAAGGGUUUUUUUCCCUGAUUGGAAAGGCAUUUCUUUGGUGUCAGAAACCCCGCGCUGAAAUGGUCAGUCUGAGGCCCCAAAUGGCAUAAGAAUGAAAAUUCCUCGAAGACAAAAGGUGCCAGCACAGGAAGGUCUAUCUCUGUAUGGAGUGUCAAGAGUGGUUCACCAAUUGCACAGGAGAGAUAGAGGGUAAGGCCUUUUUUUCCUGUAUGGAAAUGCAUUUCUUUGGUAUCAGAACCCCUGCACUGAAAUGGAGAGUCUGAUUCCUAAAUGGACUAAGAAAGAAAAUUCCUCCUAGAGAAAAGGUGCCAGCACAAAAAACUCUGUGUGUGUAUGGAGUGUCAAGAGUGGCUCACCAAUUGCACGGGAGAGUUGGAGGGUAAGGGUUUUUUCUCCUCGGUGGAACUUCAUUUGUUUGGUGUCAAAACCCUCACGCUGAAAUGGAGAGCCUGAUUCCCCAAAUGGCAUAAGAAUGAAGAUUCCUCUGAGACAAAAGGUGCCAGUACAGGAAGGUCUGUUUGUGCAUGGAGUGCCAAGAGUGGCUCACCAAUUGCACAGGAGAGAUGAAGAAUAAAGGCAUUCUUUCCAUGGUGGCAAUGCAUUUGUUUGGUUUCGGAAUCCCUGCACUGGAAUGGUCAGUGUGAGUCCUACAAUGAAAUAAGAAUGAUGAUUUCUGCCAGACAAAAGGUGCCAGCACAGGAAGCUCCAGGUGUGCAUGGAGUGCCAAGAGUGGCACACCAAUUGCACAGGAGAGUUUGAGGGUAUGGUAUUUCUUUCUUGUGUGCAAAUGCAUUUUUUUCGUUUCAGAACCCCUGUGCUGGAAUUCUCAGUCUGAGUCUGAAAAUUGCAUAAGAAUGAAGAUUCCUGCCAGACAAAAGGUGCCAGCAUAGGAAGUUCUGUGUCUGCAUGGAGUGCCAAGAGUGGCUCACAAAUUGCGCAGGAGAGAUGGAGUUAAAGGGUUUUUUUUCCUGCGUGCAAAUGCAUUUGUUUGGUUUCAGAACCCCUGUGCUGGAAUUGUCUGUCUGAGCCUGAAAAUGGAAUAAGAAUGAAGAUUCCUCCCAGACAAAAGGUGCCAGUACAGGAAGUUCUGUAUGUGCAUGAAUGUGUUAUAAAUUUGUACAAGAAUUUGGACAAAGUUCCAAUUAAACAUUGAUAUAUUUAUUAAGCAAGCAAUAACAGAGCAAAACAAUGCUAGGCAGUCUGGGGAGUCUAGGUGGUUGUUAUCUGCCGCCUGGAAUUCGUCAGGGAUGAGAGUCGUAGUUCUUAUCAAUUGUGAAUUCCACCGAUACUGACACUUGUUUGCUUAGCAGGAUGUCUGCAAUUACCUCUACUGAAACUUGCUUGAUUAAUAGGAUGUCUGUGAUCUUUCUAUUGAAACUUGUCUUGUUUAAUUACAACAAAAGUCCCCUACUCCCCCACACACAUAGGAUUUUAUGAACAAAGUUAACCCUUCUAUUACAGUCCCCCCUUUUCUUUUUGAUCCUCAUUUUGUUCAUUAAAUCUAUCUAAAGCUUCCCUGGCUGGUUGGAGUACCAAAAUGGUUUCUCCUUCUUUGAUUUGUUCAUAUUGUUUCCUUAGCAGCAUCAAAUGUGCAGUUUCCAAACAUCCUUUAAAAAUGGCAAUAAUUUUAUUGAAAAUACAUGGUCCAAAUGUUAGUCCUAAAAUUAAUAGAAUAAGAGGUCCUGCAAUAGUUGACAACAGAGUAGUUAGUCAAGGUGAAUAAUUAAACAUAGCUUUGUUGUGUCUCUCUUUCUUUCUGGUGUUUUUCCAGUCCUUCUUGUAAUUUAGACAUGGUGUCUCUAACUACCCCUGUGUGAUCUGCGUAUACACAACACUCUUCUUGGAGGGCAGCACAGAGACCCCCUUGGUGUAAAAACAUUAGGUCUAAUCUGUUUUGCAGUACUACUAAUGACAAUGACCUUACAGACUGUUCAAAAGCAGUCAUGGUUUUCUCUAUUCUAGUUAGAUCUUCAUCUACUGCUAUUCUAAGGGAUUGAAUUCUUUGAUUUUGUUGUACUAGUGAGGUUAUUCCGGUUCCAGUUCCUGUAGCUCCAAUGGCCAUAAGGGUUGCUACAGUUAAAGCGGUAAAGGGUUCACGCUUCUGUAUGUGAUGGAAUGGGGUGGUCUGGUGAUCGUACACAAAACUUUCAGGAUGGUAAAUUAACCUAGGGACCACAAGUACCUGAACACAAAAUUCUGUAGUCCAGUUAAAGAUUCUCAUAGAUAUACAGGGUGUAACUUGUUUGAGAACAGACUCAUUUCGUGUUUUCAGCAGGGAGUAACCAAUUAGUUGGUUUACCCGUGGGUUUAGCAACGGUACUGUUGCAUAGGUGUUGUUUCGUCUUUGGGACUCUACCUAUGUAUCUUCUUUUCCCGGUUACCUGUGACAUGGUUAUCCCCUGUUUACGCUCAGAUUCUUUAUUCCAUAAGCAGUCAGAUGGGUUUGUACCAUUUGCCUUCCUGUAGCGGCGGUCUACCCCUAUUGCUUCAUAGAAGGGAGGGCGAAUGUCAUUGCAUAACCAACAAUGUUCGGUUAAGUUUGGGUUUGUGGCAUUCAAAACUUGAUAACUAGCUUGUAACAUGUUCCAUAACAGGCUCACCUCUGGGGUUGGCAUUGGGGUUUCAGAUUCAAUUGGGGGUGCCUGGGUUAAUAUUUUUAGUAUUCCCCUUCGAGAGGGGAAGUAACUCUUGGUUUAGGUUCUUUAUUCUCAAUGAUGACAGUAUUUGGGCCCACACUUGAGGGGUCAUUAGGUAUUGUCUCCUUCUUUAAAAGGAUUAUUCCCCCAUCAUCUGUGUUUGGUUGCCAAAAUCUGAUUCCCCAAGUUCUUCCUAUUAUCCACCCCGGAUCCCCAGGGUUUGAAAUGUUAAGAUAGAUAUGCUUACAUGUGCCUUUUUAAACAGUCCCGUAGAGUCCAUGGACGGGCUUUAUACAUCCUGGAGGUCCCCAUCUUGUGGUCAAGAAUUGGUCUUUUCCUCCUCCUGGCACCCAAUCUGAUGCUAUUGUUUCACAGCCCCAGUAAGCACAGUAAUAUUCUCCUAGGUAGUUACAGUAUCCUCUCCCUGGAUUGCUAGCAGGACACAUGUAGAAGGGUCUUAUGUACCCCUGGGCCCAACCAUGUGUCUUUACAAGAGAGGUCAGGCGAGCUGCAAAUGAGGGGGCACCUAGAGUAAUCUGAGUUUGGAUAACGUCCGAAUAUUCCAUUUGUAUUAGUGACCAUUUAAAGGGCUGAUGAUUAUUAGCUAUUCCUGUGUUUGUUUCUGCUAUUGGCAUACUGAGCACACAACAAUACAGAAAUGCCCACUUCCAAAUUAUUGGUGGAGACCUUGAGGAAAUAUAACCAAAGCCCAAUUUUCUGGUUUGGUUUUGUCCUUUUUUAUGGAGUGUUAGCUUCCAGCUCAGGCCUACUGAGAGACCUGCCAUAUACUCACGCACCCACUGUAGUACGCCUCUGUCUCCCUCUCCUACUCCGUUGCAUGGAGCAGCGAGGUACUUUGCCAUCUUCUCGGCAGUAGUCGUAUUCUUCAGGGGUCCCCUUGAUAACAGGGACUUUAAAGGGUUCUCCUUUUGCUCCAAUUACACUAACCUUUUCCCAGGAUAAUUUACACCCUGGAGGCAAAGAUUGUACUGUUGAUAUUUCAGUCCCCGUAUCUACAAGGAAGGUUACUUCCUGAUGCUGAGGACUGAAGUAAGACAAGGCUUUAGAAGAGUUAAUCGUAACACUUUUACUGUAAGAACCACUUCUCUCCCCCUCCCUCUUCUGUAUUGCUCAAAGACUAUGUUCUGUACUAGUGCACCAGACCCAGAAAUCCACAUCAAACACUG